GCUGCAGAGAGUUUGGAGUAAAACUGAUUUCACCCGGAGUCAGCGGACGGAUCUGAACUCACCGUGACGAAACAUGAACACGAUGAAGGUGUUGACGCUGCAUCUUCUCAUCAUUUUAACGCACAGUCUUGUCUGCCUGUCAGUGACAGUGAGCAGCAGUAAACCCACAGUGGAGGUCCACGAGCACACGGAUGCCGUGCUCGCCUGUGAGUUCAGGACGGAGAAAGAUCAGAACCCUCGAAUCGAGUGGAAGAAGAAAGGAAAGGGGGUGACGUUUGUGUACUUCAAUCAUAAAUUUACUGGGCCGUAUGCAAGUCGGGCAAAGAUGGAGGGAGCGACGCUGACGAUACACUCUGUCACUCAGAAAGACUCGGGGGAAUACCGCUGCGAGGUGACGGCCAGCGAGGACCACGUCAACCUCGGAGAAGCGAUUGUCUCCCUCCACGUGCUCGUGCCUCCUCACGUCCCGUCCUGCGAGGUGCCGAGCUCUGUGUUUGUGGGUUCAGUCCUGGAGCUUCUCUGUCGGGACAAACUGAGCGUGCCUCCUGCCACCUACCGCUGGUACAAAGACAACAAGGCUCUGACAGCCACAGCAGACACUCUAUACAGCGCGGACACAAACAAGGGCACACUUAAGUUUAAGAGUGUGUCCAAAAUAGACGCAGGGAUGUACCGCUGUGAGUCCUCCAACAGCGUGGGAGCGCCCAAGAGCUGCGUGGCCCAACAACUCACAGUUAUUGAAUAUCCUUUGAAUAUGACCAUUUUGAUAGCUGGUGCUGCAGGAUGUCUGGCGCUCUUCCUUCUCUGCUGCAUCUGUGUGUGUGUCUGCCGACGCCGAGGCUGCUGCAAGAAGGACAAGAAGACCAAAAGCAGCAAGUCCUACAUCCCUCCUCCCCCUCCUCCCAUCCGCAACAUCAAGCACUACAAACAAGCUCACUCCUUCAUGAUCUGAGGGUGAAACUCUCUCACUUUGACUUCAAACCAUCCCGAAUGAGAAGUGUGCACGUGUUGCUCAACACUCUGGGAAGUGACUCGACCGUCGCCUUGCUUUCGCACGGCUGCUCACUGCUUUCUGGGACGAGCACAUCUUCAAAUAUUACACUAUUUUGCAAAAACACUGUUGCUUAAGUUGAUGGGUACUUUCAUAUCUACUACGAAACAAAAGGAUUAUAAAUUGAUUAUAUAACAUAUGUUUCAUUAUUAUAUUUUUCUCGAGUGUCAAACUUGUUUUUUUUUUACAGAUUUUAACAUUUUAAAACUUGUUUUCUAAACUCCUUUAGACUUCAGGGGAUACGUUCAGCGCUUCAGUCUAAGCUUCAGCUCUCUUGCUCCACCUAUAGGCAAGAAACUGUAAUGCAUCCACAAAUACUGUACAGAUUGUGUCCUUCUUAUUGCCUUUCAUUUACAUUUAGAUGCAGAGAUGUUGUUUUAUAUGAGGUUAUUUUGUUGUCAUGUUUGUUAUAUAUUUUUUAAAAACAUGUUUGUGUGUUGAUCUCAUGAUUGUUUAAUAUUUGGCUGUAUAAAUUCAAAUAAUGUGAAUUGAGCGACAAAUGAACGGGUGUCUGCACACACUG